GACGUCGUACAGGAACAACAUGGCGGAGUGGAGAGGAGCUGCUGCUUCAUGAUCGAUUAAUCUCUAUUUAUCUGUGUUCUAAUCAAUAACACUAAGACUACAGACACUAAAUAUGAUAUGUCGUGAGAGGUGAAGCCUCCUUCUGUCUCCAUGGACACCGGAACACGACGUUUGACGGCUGUGUUUGCUGUCGUCAGCUGAAACUGAGUUAGCAUCGAGAUGCUAGCUGAAGCUAACAGACAGUAGCUAGCUGACGGUCAACAUGCUGCUUUAUGACGUCACACUGGUGAUUCAAACUCGCGGUUUAGAUUCAAAUCAGACGUUUAGUGUUUAGGAAGACGAUUCUAAGUUAGUGCAGUGAUCUGAGGUGAGCUGGGAGGAUGAAGAGCCGUGAUGGAGGAGGAGUGUUGUUGCUGCUGCUGUCGGUGUUCCUGCUGUCUGAAGGAGCUCCUCUCCAGGAUCCUCACAAACCAGGUGGAAGCACAGGGGACACGCUGUCUGUCUCUCUCUACCUGUCCCUGGUGGUGUCACUGACGGCACUCGUGUCCUUGGUGGUGCUGCUGGUGAACUGUGUGACCUGCUGCAAGGAAAGGGAGAUCAACUUCAAGGAGUUUGAGGACCACUUUGACGAUGAGAUUGACUUCACUCCACCGGCGGAGGACACACCUUCUAUGCAGUCCCCAGCCGAGGUGUACACCCUCGCUGUGUCCCCCGUGGCCCUACCUGGACCCCCACACCUCCAACCUCCCGUCCGCAUCACAGAUGGAUCCACAGGCCUCCAGGUAGCACGUCACAGUCUGAGUUACAUCCAUGAGAUCGGCAAUGGCUGGUUUGGCCAGGUCCUUCUGAGUGAAAUCUACACAGAUCCAGGUGGAGCCAGAGUGGUGGUGAAGGAGUUAAAAGCUAAUGCAAGUGCCAAGGAGCAGAAUGAUUUCCUGCAGCAGGGGGAUCCAUACAGAGUGCUGCAGCACCCAAACAUCCUCCAAUGCCAGGGACAGUGUGUGGAGGCCAUUCCCUUCUUGCUCGUCUUUGAGUACUGUGAAAUGGGGGAUCUGCGGGGCUAUCUGUCUCAGCAGGAUUGGAUGUUCAGAAACGCUGAGUUGCUGCAGCUGCAGAGGAUGGCCUGUGAAAUUGCUGCCGGCGUCACUCACCUUCACAAACACAACUUCCUGCACAGUGAUUUGGCCCUGAGGAACUGCUACCUGACUGGAGAUCUCACAGUCAAAGUGGGGGACUAUGGAAUCGGGCCCUACAGAUACAAAGAGGAUUACAUCAUCACCGAAGAUGAUGUGUUUGCACCCCUUCGCUGGUUGGCUCCUGAGCUGGUGGGCGAGCGCCAUGGGGGUGUGAUUACCAUGGAGCAGACCAAGCCCAGUAAUGUGUGGGCCUUGGGGGUCACGUUGUGGGAGCUCUUUGAGAACGCCACUCAGCCGUACCCCCAUCUGUCUGACCGGGAGGUUCUCAAUCAUGUCAUCAAGGAGCAACAAGUGAAACUCUUCAAGCCACAGCUAGAUCUUCCUUAUUCCGACAGAUGGCACGAGGUCCUGCAGUUCUGCUGGCUGUCUCCAGACAAGCGGGCCACGGCAGAGGAAGUGCACCGUUUGCUCAUCUACCUGCGCAUGCAAGGCCAGAAGGACAUAGAGGAAGACUUUGAUCAACGCUGGGACGCUCUGAAGCCCAACCCCACCGCGCGGCAGACCACCGUCAGCCACUCCUCUUACCCAAUCUUGGAACAGUUCGCCGACGACGCCCUGCGACAAGAGAUCGACGAAGUUCUCACCGUCACCGAAACGAGCAAAGGUCUCAGCUUUGAGUACGUUUGGGAGGCGGCCAAGCACGACCACUACGACGGCAGCCACGCGCGUUCGGGCAUGGACACCACGUUGAACUAUCACAGCAUGUUCUUUCCCGUUUCCAGUGAAGACAUCCGGGCCCGUUUCCCCGAUACGGCAGCCAGAGCGGCGGGCGCAGAGAGUGGCAACACUCCUUCAGGGAUCCCCGGGAUUGUACCAGUGUUUGAUGCACAGAAGCCGUCUAAUGGAAAUGAAUAUUACAUCCAACUAGAAGAACAAGGGGAGAGCACCGUCGGGGAAGAUGGGAACGGAGGGCAAGACAUGGACUUCAGUUCAGGCCGGCAAGACUUUGUCGUUCUCCAAGAUGUCCGUCUGGAUGAGUCCAGCACCGAUGCUGAUUUUUUCCACCAAAGUAUCGACUCCAAGGAUUCCUAUUUACCAGACAGCCACAUCUGGUCGUCCCUGGAGAAUGACAGUCCAUACCACACCAACAUUUUCACCGAAGGGGGGUCCAAGCAGGAGGACUCUCCUUCCUGGAGGCGGAGUUUUAUGGAGCUUCCAGAGCGCAACGGCAACCCUUUCCACGGAGGUGCACCUUUAGUGGUCCAGGAGGCGGACACAGAUAAAAACAAUGGGGAUUCUUUUUUAGGGGAUUGUUCAGAAGCCCCUCACCUGGUGGACUCUGUGGACGUGGAGGGGGAGAUCACAGACAUGAAGAGGCUUCUGAACACUGAGAAACUAGCUGACAACUUUAUGUUUCUCAAAGACGGGAACCUGAUGAAAGACGGAUCGAGCUUCUCAAGUCCACAGGAGAACUUUCUUCUACCUGGCCGUGCCCACGAACCGGAGGAAAGAUUCAAAAUGAGUUCUUGGGACAACCUCGAGAAUUUAGGCAAUUUACUCGCAGCAGACAAUUAUUUAAAACCUUCAGCAAGUAGCACAUCCUCAAGACAGGACCUUUUAGACUCUCCAAGUACCAGCUUGGGCGAGUUAUCCCCGUCUCCUGUAGAAAAUAAAACACUGGUGCCUUUCAUUACAGUGGUCACAGAAGAUAACACAAGCAACCAGCUGCCAGUUAGAAAUAGCUCUUCCACCGAAGACCUCGGUCUACUGCAAUCCUCGGACAGAGGUGUAGACUCUGGUUUCGAUUCUACCUCAGAGAGGUUUGAGGUUAUCAUCAGUCAGACUGAUGGCCGCGCCCCCGCGUUCUCUGAAAGUGCCACGACAGACUCAAUGUGCACAGAUGCCAAAAUCCCCAGCCUUGAAGAUGACCUUGGAACCUCAAAGGAUAAUGCCCAGCCCGUAGGAAGUAAAGCGCCUGAAAACCUGCACCUCCAAGCGUUGUCCUCAGACAACGGACACGGCGAAGACCUCACCAGCAACGAUCUGCUGAGUGAACUCAUCGAGGAUGCGGAUAUAGAACUGGAAACCACUCUGUCUGACCACGAGGAGUCCUCUAUGGAUACUGACGGGCGCCCUGUCGUCAGAUCUUCUCUAUUGGUCUCUGGGCCGUCUUUGGACCAGAUCAGCCAGGACAGUUUGCUGGAAGACAGCAUGUCCACCACUCUACCGACUGUAGAUAAUUCAGCCGAGACGCCAGACUCUUUAGACUCUCUCGACAUCCACAGGCUCGGCGAGCAAGGUGAAGAGCUGAGCGCUCAACUGGCCCAAAACAAACUCCAGCCUCCGUACAAAAUAUCAGACAGCGGGUACGAGACGGAGAACCUGGAGUCUCCCGAGUGGAACUCGCAGCCCAACGUUAAAGACCAAUCCCCUGUAAAAAACGGCAUGAGCGUCGCCAAAGAAGAGGAGGAGACGGAGGAGCUUGCAGCUGCCACAAAUCUGGUUCCACCUGAAAUCAUCAUCUCCGAAGUAGAGGGCGUGCUGGACGCUCACAGCGAGGAGGACACCAGCGAGGACCAGCAGCCAGAUCCUGCAGCUCCCGCCGAGGAGCCACACAUGGGCAGUAAUUACAGAGACUCGGCCUACUUCUCAGACAACGAAUCAGAACCUGAGAAGAAGUCUGAGGAAACGGUCGCGGGAGCUUCUGGUGAGGUCACGUGGCUGAGGAGCUCUACGGAGGUGGUCGGCGUGGCCGCUGGAGGUCCAGCACUGGAGGAGGAGAGAGAUGUAGAUUCUUCAUUUUCUCAACAAGAGUCUUCUGAAGCUGAUGGAGAAACACCCGCGCCCACAUUACAGGAGGCAGAUUUAGAUAUCGCAGAGCAGCGCGAGAAGGAGGCGACGGAGUCUACCGACAGUCAUGAUGAAGACAAACCAGAGUCAUUCAUCACAUCUCCUGAUCAACCCGUCCCGUCAGAAGAUCUGGAAACUCCACCUCCUUCUGUUGCUCCAUCUCCGUCGAAGCCGGCGCAGGAGAGCUCAGGUCACGCUAAACUAACCCGGACCUACGCCAGCGAUGUCCAUAAAAUAAGAGAGCCGGACGUGGAGGGGCGUUACCUGGCGAGGCGGGAAGCCUCGGGUUUAGACGGACACGAGGACGGCGUGGACGCGGACGAGGAGGACGAGAACAGCGACGACUCCGACGACGACGUCCGCGGGUACCAGCUGCACAGCUCCAGCUCAGACAGCGAGGACGACGCCGUGCACCCGGUGCCGCUUAUUGUCUCAGAUGACAGCAGCUCAAGGAAUCUGAAGAGCUUGUUGAAACCCACCACGCUGAACGUCCAGGCGUCGUCGGCGUUCCCGCUUCCUGCGAGGCUCAGUGCAGAUAACUCCAGAAGAGCUGUGUCUUUCUUUGAUGAUGUCACUGUCUACCUGUUUGACCAGGAGACUCCCACCAAGGAACUGGGUGACCACUCCUCAGGCUCACACAAUCAGGCGCCGGAGUUCAGCAGCCCAGCGCCCACUGCCAGCUACCUGAACCGGUUCGCCAAUUCUGAAAGCUCCACCGACGAAGAAGGUGGUGGUUUUGAGUGGGAUGACGACUUCUCCCCCACACCCUCCUUCCUGCCCAAGACGGAUAAUGACCCCUCAUCGAAGACAAUGUCCUCAUCUGCAGCGUCUCGCUUCUCCUCUCCGCCGUCUGCGGCGGGGCGCGUGCUGGAGCCCAGCUGGAGCGGCUCCUCCAACUACUCCCGGUUCUCCAUCUCACCGGCCAGCAUCGCAAGCUUCUCCAUCACACACCUCACUGACUCCGACAUCGAACAAGGAGGAAGCAGUGAAGACGGAGAAAAGGACUAGUGUGAUGUAUUAAUCGUCACACACUACUGAAAGAUGAACCCAUACUCGCACUUUUUGGAAACCCAGAACGGCUGAAUAAGGACAAAAUGACGCGGCGAACCGUGGACGCUUCUCUCAGGCAGAACUGCUCUUUUUCCUUACGUGGAGAUCGGCCACGAGAACAACGACUUUUUCAGCAAAUAAGACAAGACGAGGCCUCGGCUCCGGUCUGGGCCACAUCACCUCUCCGGCUACAUCAGUGUGUGUGAUUUCAGUUUCAGUGCAAUUCCACUUUUGGGGAAAAAAAAGAAAAAAAAGGUUUCUAAAUGUUUGCUUUAAAGACUCAUUCCAGGUGUUUGGCUGCUUUAUUUUUGUUGUGUGUCGAAGUGCACUCAUUUUCCAGGACUUUCGCAUCACCAAAAAAAAAAAAAAACAGACUUUUUAUGCUCUGAAUUCAACACACUGGGCUGGCAUCACUACAGCCAAAUAGGAAUAAGCUCUUUGAUUUGAGCAGACCUACAACUGAAGCUUUGUUCUCUUAACUUUGUUCAUUUUUUGCUCCUUCAUGUUGUGCGAUUAUUUCAGUGGUUGCCUCUUUUGGAAGAAUGAUUUGUUGUUUUUUCGUAACCUCUCGUCGGGUGUUAAGUCUCCUUGUUGGAGAGAAGCUAUGUGCGGUAUCCUUCUGUAGCAGCAUUUGAAUAAGAAGGGUUGACAAAAACUAAAAGCCCCUCAUCUACAGAGUUCCUUUAUUUGUUUGAAAGGAACAUUUACAAGAAGUAGUUUCAUAUUUGUGAGACAGUAAGACUGGUUGGUGGCAUUAGACACAGACUGACAUAUUAUUCCUCACAAAGGUGAGAGGGAAAACUCAAAGACAAGUUAUUCACUUUGUAACGCUUCAAUUGAUGCUCUGAAAUGUGCAGGAAGUUUGCUCGGACGGUCGUGACUACUCGUCGCCGGGUCUUAUCGCGGUGCCUGUGAUGCUGUGAAGACAGCUGCACUCCUCCGUUCACCGUCACUACAGAGUUUAAAAUCACUACAGAGUUUAAAAUCACUACAUUUAGUGAGAUUGUGUAAAAAAAAAAAAAAAAAAAAUGAAAAGUGGGAGAUUUUAUUUUUAAAUGUCAGAAUGAAGAAAUGUUAAUGAGCUGUUUGUAAACAAAUGUGCAAUGAAUUUCAUUGAUUAGUUGAGAUUUGAGUAACUUGCAGGGACUUAAAGCAUCACAAAAACUCACUACUAGAACAAAAACAACAACACUACUGCUUUUAUCAGCGUCCUGGACACAGAUGUCUGCCUUUUUUUUUUUUUUUUAAACUUUGUGUCAAACUUAACGAACCCGUUCAGACGUCAAUUUCCUCCUUAAGGAUCCCUCGUUCCAGUUUUUUGAGCAUUUCGUCAUUGUAUCUUAUCAUUUGCGGGCCACGCGUCAGUCCGGUAGCUGUACGGGGUCCGUAUCAGUUUCUGUACAGAAGCAUAAUAACCAUAUGCUUUUCCCUCCAAGGUUUCCAUGUACAGCUCCAGUUCUUUGAAACUGUAGGUUAUACAGUUACUGUGUGGUUCUUCAAACACCUUAAAGAUUUCGUCACAGAUGACCUGAUGAACUUCACCUGUAGUAGAUAACAUCCGUCUCCUCCCCGCCCCCAUACAGAAGGCACUGUUCCCUAGAUGAUGUUAACCUCUGUUUAAAAACCAGCAGCCCGUGCUUCAGUUAAACUUGAACAUUUAUUUAAGGAAAACCUUGUUUUAUUUGACUACAGUA